AUGGCUACGUCCCCGCAGAAGUCGCCCUCCGUCCCCAAGUCCCCCACUCCCAAGUCGCCCCCGUCCCGGAAGAAAGAUGACUCCUUCUUGGGGAAACUCGGAGGGACGCUGGCCCGGAGGAAGAAAGCCAAGGAGGUAUCAGAGCUUCAGGAGGAGGGCAUGAAUGCCAUCAACCUGCCCCUCAGCCCGAUCCCCUUCGAGCUGGACCCGGAGGACACCAUGCUGGAGGAGAAUGAAGUGCGAACAAUGGUGGACCCCAACUCCCGCAGCGACCCCAAACUGCAGGAACUGAUGAAGGUACUAAUCGACUGGAUUAAUGACGUGCUUGUUGGAGAAAGAAUCAUUGUGAAAGACCUGGCUGAAGAUUUAUAUGACGGGCAAGUCCUACAGAAGCUCUUUGAAAAACUUGAGAGCGAGAAGCUGAACGUUGCUGAAGUCACCCAGUCAGAGAUUGCUCAGAAGCAAAAGCUGCAGACCGUCCUGGAGAAGGUCAACGAAACCCUGAAGCUUCCUCCCAGGAGCAUCAAGUGGAAUGUGGACUCUGUUCACGCCAAGAGCCUGGUAGCCAUUUUGCAUCUGCUGGUUGCUCUGUCCCAGUAUUUCCGGGCACCGAUCCGACUCCCAGAUCAUGUCUCCAUCCAAGUGGUUGUGGUCCAGAAACGAGAAGGAAUCCUCCAGUCUCGGCAAAUCCAAGAGGAAAUAACUGGUAACACAGAGGCUCUUUCCGGAAGGCACGAACGUGAUGCCUUUGACACCUUGUUUGACCAUGCACCAGACAAGCUCAAUGUAGUGAAAAAGACACUCAUCACUUUUGUGAACAAGCACCUGAAUAAACUGAACCUGGAGGUCACAGAACUGGAAACCCAGUUUGCAGAUGGGGUGUACCUGGUGCUGCUCAUGGGGCUCCUGGAGGGCUACUUCGUGCCCCUGCACAGCUUCUUCCUGACCCCGGACAGCUUUGAACAGAAGGUCUUGAAUGUCUCCUUUGCCUUCGAGCUCAUGCAAGACGGAGGAUUGGAAAAGCCAAAACCACGGCCAGAAGACAUUGUCAACUGUGACCUGAAAUCCACACUGAGAGUGUUGUACAACCUCUUCACCAAGUACCGGAACGUGGAGUGA